UUUGCAUGGAGACGCUGCUGGUGUGUGUGAACAAUGGUAGAAUAUCCUAUGAUGAGUAGUUAAGAUGUACAGGUGAGUAAUAAGCCAAUAUAGGUACUAUGAUGUAGGUAUAGGUAUAGUUUUAAUUUUCACUUGCAUUAAGGUAAUUUGUUAUUUUGAUUUUAGAUGGGCAGCAUAUUUCUUCUGUUUUUAUGUUUUCAAGGCAUAGUCCAAGAUAAUUAAGCAUAAGAAGCUGUCAUCAACUUUUAGACAGAAAUGUAUGUGCCAUGUGUUGUUAACAUUGGUCUUCAAAAACUUGAAGAAAUCAUGGUGAUGUUUUAAAAGCUAUAAGACCUACUAAUAUAUUGAAUAUGUUUGGAAGUCAUAUACAGGGGUGGGAUUCUGGACAAACUGAUAGCUCCGACAAUCAGCUGGGAGCGAACCGGUUUGCUCCAACGAUUUGAUGGGCCCACCUGCACUAUUUUUCUACCUUUAUCUUUUCAGCCAAUUAGCACGGCAGAGCGGAUUGCUGCGCGCUUCAACUGUGUUACUCCCCCGAAGAAACGCGGAAGUGAAGAUUUCUUUAAAUUGCACAACGCAUGCAGUGAAGCGUGCAAUCACUGAACCGAUUGUUAAAUCAGGAGGAUCCCACCACUGGUCAUGUAUGUAUAUGGAGUUUAAAAUAGAACAUACAUGGAACAGCCUUCCAGUGGCCCAUGAUCCAGUAAUAAUCAAUCUGAGUCCAGAAAAUGCUGGAAUACUGAUGGAAUUGAAUGCCCCAUUUUUCAAUGAUCCUCCAGCUCCUCCUGGUGAACCAGGAAAACCAUUCAAUGGAUUAUGGGACUAUGAGGUUGUAGAAGCCUUCUUCUUGAAUUACCAAACCCAGCAGUACCUAGAAGUAGAGCUCUGCCCGCAUGGCCAACAUCUUGUAUUGUUCCUUUGGGGCAGGCGCAAUAUCUGCAGAAAAGAACUUCCUUUAAAAUUUGAAGUUUCAAGAACAACUACCAAAUGGAGGGGCCGUGCUCAUUUGCCUUGGAAUUAUUUUCCUCCCAACACUGACAGAUUUAAUGCAUUUGCAAUUCAUGGAUCAGAUGUGAACAAAACAUAUGAAGCUCUCUAUCCUAUUCCUCAAAAUGAAGUUCACAAUAACCAAAAACCUGAUUUCCAUCGUCUGGAAUAUUUUAAAAAAUUCAGUUUCAAACAAUUAAUGGGAGAAGAUUGGAAACAGAUUGAAUCAGACUUGUGGGAAUCAUGUGUGAGAUGAAAAAUGCAAGAAUAUCAUAAAGAUUUGGCUGAACAAACUUGUGGGCGGAUCUUUCUUUUUAUGCCUUCAGGUGGCUUUCUUUUGAGGAAAAGGGAUAUUUAUCAAAUUGUUAGAAAAGAAUUUGGAAAAUAUAACUGUUGCAAGAUUAUUGUAUGGAAAAAAUGGAAACACAAUGAAAAACAUUCAGAGAAAAUUUGACUUUAAAAUUAAUUGAAUGUACAGAAAUGAUGAAGCUGACUUGUCUGGUGAGAGAGAGAAAAAGAGAAUAAUCUUUUUGGAAACCUUAUAUGAACAUUUUGCUGAAAGAAAAAAAAUUAAAUCAAUGAUUUCAGAAUUUAAAAGGGACAAAGUGGAUGAUAAAAAUAUUAAUAUGAUAAUUACUUGAUAGAAAUGCAGAUGGAUAUUUGUAUGUUAUCUUAUUUCAUUUCCUGAAAUUUUCUCUUUUCCUUACUAUCUUGUUUGUUCUGCAUACUUUUUACUUUUGCUAUAUUGAGAUAUAUAUGUUCGUAUGUGAGCAUAUGCAUACAUGGACACUCAAUACAGCUACUUUAUUUCUUUUAAACUUUUAUAAAGAUGACAAAUUAAGCGAUUAUGGAAGACAGAGGUGAAUCACUUUAGUUACUACAUAAAAAUGAAGCAGGGACAUUAACCCCCAGUUCUAAUGCAGAUUAAUAUAGAUUAUUGGACACAGUUGGAUAUAGUUCUUUUACAGUACUAGAAAGUCUAUAGUGGAUUAAAUGAAAGAGUCUUGGCAUCAGGGAAAAUUUAUAGAUAUGGUUAUAAAAAAAAUAUAAACUCUGUGUCUGUAUAUCUUUAUAAUAUAAUUAUCAGUACCUGGAAUCGUGUAAAAGUUUUGCUUCCUUUCAUCUUUGCAUUUAUUUAAAUAAAAUCAUAACAGUUUAUACUCUA